AUGAACAGAUCAAAAGAAGGAUGCAGGAAGAUUAAUCAGAUCUUUGGUGAUGGUUCUAUACUUCCUCUUGUUGGUUCUAAACGUCGGAGACAAACAUUCGAUGUUUUCAUCAGCUUCAGAGGUGAAGAUACCCGCAGGAGCUUCACAAGCCAUCUCAGUUCUGCACUGUUCAAGAAAGGUGUCAAUGUUUUCCACGAUGACCGGAUCGAGAGAGGGGAUGAGAUCUCAGAAGUCCUUCGGGAGGCAAUCGCAGGAUCCAAGGUAUCUUUGGUGGUCUUUUCCGAGAACUACGCUUCAUCUAGGUGGUGCUUGGAAGAACUGGUCGAGAUUCUUCAAUGCAAGAAAACAAUGGACCAAUUGGUUAUACCCAUCUUCUACGAUGUGGAUCCUUCACAAGUACGGUGGCAAAAGCAAAGCUUUGCUGUUGCAUUUGAACGGCAUAAAGAGAAAUACAAGGACAACACGGAGAAAGUGAACCAGUGGAGGUCUGCGUUACACGAAGCAGCCAAUCUCUCUGGCCAUGAUUCAUCAGAAUGGACACCAAACCCUGACAAUGGCUUAGUGGGAAUUGAUUCACGGAUGGAGAAGGUUCUGAGGUUGUUAGAGUUUGGCGAAGAAGAUAUUCGCAUCGUGGGGAUAUGGGGAAUGGGUGGAAUUGGUAAGACCACUCUUGCUGAAGCUGUGUUCGACCAAAUCUCUGGUGAUUUCGAAGGCUCUUAUUUCUUCAGGAGUGUUAGAGAAACUGAAGUGAAGGGUGGCCUUGUGGAGAAGAGGAAUGAGAGUUUAUCUGUGAUUCUGGGUGAAGAUAUACACAUAGGCACUUCUAUGCUACCGAGCUUUGUGGUAGAUAGGCUUCGUCGCAAAAGAGUACUGGCUGUGCUUGAUGAUGUGAACCAUCAGAGACAACUUGAAAUUUUGUUUAAAGGGCUCGCUGAGUCUGGUGCUGGAAGCCGUGUGAUCAUAACCACACGAGAUAGACAUGUGCUCACCAUUUUCACCAAAGACAAAGUAAAAGUAUAUGAUAUGGAGGGAUUAAACAAUGAUGAAGCAUUGCGACUGUUUUACCAGAAUGCUUAUAUCUCAGAACAUCAGAUAGAAGCUUAUGAUGAGCUCCAUAAGAAGGUGGUUCAUUAUGCUUCGGGGAUUCCUCUGGCACUAAAGGUCUUUGCUCGCUCUCUUCGGGGCAAAGAUAGACAAGUGGGAAAUUGCCUUGAAAAAGAUCGGCAAAGACAAGAUAAAGAUGAGGUGGCCACAUUACUUGAUGGUUGUUAUCACGCUGUGCAUUAUGGGUUAAGCGUUCUUGAGGACAAGGCACUCAUAACUAUAAGAAGGAACAAGAUUGAGAUGUCGGAUCCAUUGCAAGAGCUUGGCGGGGAUAUUGUCAAACAAGAAUGCGAGUCAGAGCCUGGGAGAAGAACAUUGGUUGUAGGAGUAGGAGAGCUUUCCCCCUCAUUCAGUUCUCUCUGCAUGUUAUCUCAUCUAAAUCUUAGCUACUGUGACAGCCUCAAGUCUCUACCUGGUGACAUUUGGAAGAUGCAAGCUCUUAAAGAGUUACUUCUUUAUGAUUGCCCAAAGCUGGAAGAAAUUCCAGAAGUUCUGGAGCGAAACGAGUGCUUGGAGGAGAUUUUUUUAACCGGAGCAGCCAUAAGAGAGCUUCCCUCUUCAAUUGAAAGGCUUCUCAGACUUGAGCGUUUGUGGUUAAACGACUGCCGAAAUCUCUCUGUGCUACCAGAGACAUUGUGGAACCUGGACAAUUUAUAUUCAUUCAGAGCUCUUAGAGCAUCCAUAAGACAACUGCCGCCAUUUAAAAAGGAGACGACGAAGCUCACCGACCUGCGUAUUUCGGGAUAUUGUUACAGCCUCGACCCUGUGCCAUUAUUAGUUCCUCCAUUGUCGAGAGUCCGCUCUCUGGAGACCCUUGAAAUGUCAAAUUUGCAUAUUGAGCAGAUCCCUGAGAACAUUGGUUGUCUGACAUCAUUGAUGAGGUUAGAUUUAAGUGGAAAUGACUUUAAGAGUUUACCUGCUACUAUCAAGCAUCUCUCAGUGCUAUAUGAGCUUGAUCUGAGUUGUUGCAGGAGACUUGAAUCAUUGUAUGAGGAUAUUGGUUGUCUAACAUCAUUAAGAAGAUUACGUUUGAGUGGAAAUGACUUUCAGAUUUUGCAUCCUAUUAUCAAGCAUCUCUCGAAGCUGGAAAUGCUUGACCUAAGCUACUGCAGAAAUCUGGAAUCAUUGUCUCAAGAUAUUGGUUGUCUAACAUCAUUGAGGAACUUAGAUUUGAGUGGGAAUGGCUUUCGGAUUUUGCCUGCUUGUAUGAAGUAUCUCUCGAAUGUUGAAAUUCUAGACCUAAGCUACGACGAAGGACUUGGAUCAGUACCGAAGUUCCCUAAUAGUCUGCGGAAUUUCAAUGCACAUGAAUGUGCAUCUUUGGGAACUACAUGCGGUAAUAUGGAAUUUUUUGCAGGAGCAUUUGGAGGAAACUACAUAUUCAAUCAUUGUCUCAGGUUGCAGGAAGAUGUGACAGUCAAGAGAGUAGCUGCUGCGAAGUUGUUGUUUCAGACUUUGGAACAAAAGCAUUGGGUAGGUUAUGCAUGUAGUUGA